AUGAUGCAGGACAAGCACGGAGGAGACCCCGGCGCCGGUGGCGAUGAUUGGAACGGCGGUGAGGACCGCCAGGGCUUGUUGGCGGGCGGCGACUACGGCCACGAUGACGACAAUGACAAGGAGGUGGCCUCGCUACCCAACGGCAGCGGCGGUGCGCCGCCGAUCCGAACACCGGCACGCGUGCGCUUCAACGAUAUCCCCGAGGUGGUGCGUAUGAGCACCGCAUCCUCGCGACUAUCCAGCGAUAGCCUCGACAAUGUCGACCACGCCGCGCGAGGGAUGCUCGACCUCGAAGAUCCGCUCCGCGAUGACCACGACGACCACCGCAUGCCGCUGCUGACGAGCCUCGAGGCGCCAUCUGUCGCCCUCGCAAACGACCUCGACGACGAGAAUGACGACGCCGGUGACGUGGUGGCGCGGCAGCUGCGCCGUCCCAAAUCGGGCUUGCAGUCCGCGUUCAUGAACAUGGCCAACUCCAUCAUCGGCGCCGGCAUCAUCGGGCAGCCGUACGCGAUCCGCCAGGCGGGCCUGCUCGCGGGUACGCUGCUACUCGUCGGGCUGACGGCGGUCGUUGACUGGACCAUCUGCCUCAUCGUUAUCAACAGCAAGCUCAGCGGCACGAGCAGCUUUCAAGGCACCGUCGAGCACUGCUUCGGCCGUGCGGGGCUCAUUGCCAUCUCUCUCGCGCAGUGGGUGUUUGCGUUUGGCGGCAUGGUAGCAUUUGGUGUCAUUGUCGGGGACACAAUCCCGCACGUGCUGCUGGCGGUGUGGCCGGGCCUGCCCGACGUGCCGGUAAUCGGGCUCCUGACGGAUCGGAGGGUCGCGAUUGCGGUAUUUGUGAUGGGCAUCAGCUACCCGCUCACGCUGUACAGGGAUAUUUCGAAACUGGCCAAGGCGAGCACGUUCGCCUUGGUGGGCAUGUUGGUGAUUGUGGUCACGGUGCUGACGCAGGGCCUGCUGGUGCCGUCCGAGGCAAAGGGCGAGUUUAGCCUGCCGCUCCUAACACUGAACACGGGCAUCUUCCAAGCCAUUGGCGUGAUUUCUUUUGCAUUUGUCUGCCACCACAACUCCCUGCUCAUCUAUGGCUCGCUGCGCACACCCACCAUUGACAACUUUUCCCGCGUAACGCACUACUCGACCGGCGUGUCCAUGCUCGCGUGCCUGGUCAUGGCCCUCGGUGGCUUCUUAGUCUUUGGUGACAAGACGCUCGGCAACGUCCUCAAUAACUUUCCUUCAGACAACAUCAUGGUCAACGUCGCGCGGCUCUGCUUUGGCCUCAACAUGUUGACGACGCUGCCCCUCGAGGCGUUUGUGUGCCGCGAGGUGAUGCUGACGUACUGGUGGCCGGAUGAGCCCUUCAACCUCCGCCGGCACCUAGUUCUCAGCACAGGGCUCGUCGCGUCGGCCACGUUUCUGAGCCUAGUGACGUGCGACCUCGGCGCCGUCUUUGAGCUGGUUGGCGCAACUAGCGCCGUCGCCAUGGCGUACAUCUUGCCGCCCAUGUGCUACAUGAAGCUUACGACGCGGAGCUGGCGCACGUACCUUGCGGGCACGAUUGUCGUUUUUGGAGGGCUGGUCAUGGCCAUUUCCGUCAUUCAGGCGGUGGAAAAGUUGAUCAACAACACGGACGGACCGGCGAAAUGCCAAUAG